AUGUUGAUGCUUUUUCUUCACUGUUGUUGCAGUAAUGUGGUGAACGAGUAUGUGGGAGCAAUGAGGCAGCUUGCAUGUGAGAUCCUGGACCUGUUAGGAGAGGGGCUAGGGCUCAAGGACCCCAGAUCCUUCAGCAAGCUCAUCACUGACACAGACAGCGACUCACUCCUGAGGAUCAACCACUACCCUCCAGCAUGCACCAUUCAGAAGCUUGACCAUGACAACCAAUGCAAGAUGAAGAGCAGUUUCAGAAUCAAGACUGGCAAUGGUGUGAACCAGUCAGCAGGUGCACGGAUCGGAUUCGGGGAGCAUUCAGACCCGCAGAUUCUUAGCUUGCUCCGAUCAAACGAUGUUGACGGCCUUCAGGUGCUUCUGAACUGCGACGGCAGGGAGGUGUGGGUUCAGGUGCCAUCCGAUCCAUCAGCAUUCUUUGUCAAUGUUGGUGAUCUCCUCCAGGCUUUGACAAAUGGGAAGGUGAUAAGUGUCCGGCACAGGGUAAUUGCAAACUCCUGCAGGGCAAGGCUGUCCACAAUCUACUUCGCUGCGCCGCCACUGCAUGCACGAAUUUUGGCCCUCCCAGAGACAAUCACAGCCAACUCACCCCGCCAGUACCGGCCCUUCACCUGGGCCGAGUACAAGAAGACAAUGUACUCCCUCCGCCUGAGCCACAGCCGCCUCAACCUCUUCCACAUCGACCAUGAUGACCACAGCAAUGUCGGCAAAGGAGAACAAGAAUAGGGAGCACUUGCUGAACUGCAGGCAGAGUUAAUGGUGGGGACUAGGUAGGUAGAAUUGUCCCCAAAAUUUUGGCU